UUUGUGCUUGUGACCUCUUGCUGUUCGGAUGGCGACCCGUUUUAAGGUCCAAAAGCUGAUAACCCACAACCCAUGAAAUAAAAUAACUUGUUCGCCUUCAGGGAAAAGACUGAGGUGUGAGAAAAAUGAAGCUCAGAUCCAGCAUCAUCAUCGUUGUGCUCGUUCUUCUCUUUGUAGCCCACCCAAAUUCAUCAGCAUUUCAUGAUUCGAGCAAGGAGAUUAUUUACGAGAUUGACUAUAGAGGCCCUGAGACGCAUUCCUACUUGCCUCCACCAGACAUGGCGGGAACUCAGCAGCAACGCGAUGCUCAAACUAAGGCUCCAACAACUCGUAAUGGAGUGGGAGAUAAAUAACUCUUUCAUGGAAACGAGCAAUUGCAGAAAGCUAUUUCACUAGUUCGUUCAAUUUAUAGGUUUGUUUGUGUGAGGAAUGCUAAUUGCACCCAGCUUGUUACAAACGUUGUUACA